AUGCAUAUCCAACUCUUAGCCAGAGAGAGAGAGAGAGUCUAUCUUGCAUCCAAUCCAGUCUAUCUAUCCAACCAGAGUGGAGAGAGAGAGAGAGUCUAUUGCUAUCUAUCUUGCCUAUCAUAUCAACUCUUAGCCAGAGUGGAGAGAGAGAGAGAGAGUCUAUCUUGUUAUCCAACUCUUAGCCAGAGAGGGAGAGAGAGGGUCUAUCUUGCUAUCCAACUCUUAGAGAGAGAGAGAGUCUAUCUUGCUAUCCAACUCUUAGCCAGAGAGGAGAGAGAGAGUCUAUCUUCUAUAUCCACUCUUAGCCAGAGGGGAGAGAGAGAGAGAGUCUAUCUUGCUAUCUUUAUCCAACCAGAGAGAGAGAGAGAGAGUCUAUCUUGCUAUCCAACUCUUAGCCAGAGGGGAGAGAGAGAGAGAGUCUAUCUUGCUAUCCAACUCUUAGCCAGAGUGGAGAGAGAGAGAGAGAGUCUAUCUUGCUAUCCAACUCUUAGCCAGAGUGGAGAGAGAGAGAGAGUCUAUCUUGCUAUCAACUCUUUAGAGAGAGAGAGAGUCUAUCUUGCUAUCCAACUCUUUAGCCAGAGAGGAGAGAGAGAGAGAGAGAGAUCUUGCUAUCCAACUCUUAGCCAGAGGGGAGAGAGAGAGAGUCUAUCUUGCUAUCCAACUCUUAGCCAGAGUGGAGAGAGAGAGAGAGUCUAUCUUGCUAUCCAACUCUUAGCCAGACCAGAGGGGAGAGAGAGAGAGAGUCUAUCUUGCUAUCCAACUCUUAGCCAGAGGGGAGAGAGAGAGAGAGUCUAUCUUGCUAUCCAACUCUUAGCCAGAGGGAGAGAGAGAGAGAGUCUAUCUUGCUGUCAACUGGCCAGAGGAGAGAGAGAGAGUCUAUCUUGCUAUCCAACUCUUAGCCAGAGUGGAGAGAGAGAGUCUAUCUUGCUAUCCAACUCUUAG